CUGCCUAAUGUUUUUAUGGUUCAUAUUCAGGCUCUCUCGGGGAAGUGACAAAAAAACGCUUUGCAAAAAUCAGCUGAGUUCUUUUAAGACAAAUCUCUACCGCAGAUCGGUGAUUUGUAAGUUCUACGAAGCUUUUUUCACAUCGUACGUUCCGAUCAAGUAUUCCUUCACCAGGAAAUCGACAAGAGUUGACAAUCGAACGGUUGAUCAACAAGAAACGAACAUUUAGUACGCAUGGAAUUGACAACGGAAUGACCACAGUGAACUACAAGAGAUUCGACAACAUGGAACCAAAAAGGCUUAAACACAAGUAUUUUUACCAGUUUAGGGUGAUCUUGAUUGGGGAUAGUACAGUCGGAAAGUCUUCCUUGCUUCGGCAGUUCACCGAAGGACAGUUUUUCGAGAAUUCAGACCCAACAGUGGGAGUCGACUUCCACGUUCGAGUGAUUGAGCUCAAAGGUGAUGUUAGAGUAAAACUGCAAAUCUGGGACACUGCUGGCCAGGAACGCUUUCGUUCAAUUACCUACUCCUACUACCGUAACACUGUYGGAUGUUUAAUAGUUUACGACAUAACAAAUCGUGACUCCUUUGUGAAUGUUCUGGACUGGUACAAGGAAGCAAAGCAGUGCGUUGAAGAAGCAGAGGUUGUUUUCAUGCUUGUUGGGCACAAAAUUGACAAAGAAUCGCAGCGAGCUGUUUCAACAGAAGAAGGAGAACGAUUUGCUGAUGCACACGAUAUGUUAUUCAUAGAGACUUCGGCCAAAAUCCUUUGCAAUAUUGAGGAAGCAUUUAUUCGCGUCACUGAAGAAGUUUACAAAAGGAUGGAAAGAGGAGAACUAGGGCUAAAGGAUGGAUGGGAGGGCAUUAAGGCUCUGCCAAUGCGCCCUCAAGAUGUCCUGGGUAUAGGUCAGUAUGCCUCUGUUGAGGAUUUGAUUGAACAGCAAGAAUCUCGACGAUGUUGUCCUGGUUAACAAUCAACAUUCUCAUCAAUAACAAAMCUAGCAAUUAUUAUUCAAAUUGUCAGAAUUCUUGUGUUCAUCURCCAUUCAGUUGUCAGGCAUCUUAGGAUUGGUGUUAUAGAAUCUGAAGCGUAGUGUAUUUUUAAAGUGUGGAUACUAGAGAAAUGACAAUGCACUUUGGKACARGAUUGAAUAACUCUCUUGCUUUAAUGCAAAACAUGAUGGUGUAGAUUAGAUUUUGUUUAAAAAACAUAUUCUGCGAUGCCCUUGGAGCAAAUUAACAUGUUAUUGCUUCAAAUGUCCUCAAUAUGUUCCGAAAAUAACAGAAUUCUGGAUGUUUUAUGGUAUGUUUUAUUGUUAUAUUAUGAAACUGUAAAAGUUAAUUUAAUGGAACUUUUAAUGUACAUUUUCAAGAUUAGCAUUUAGUUUAAUUUGCAGCAUACAUCAACUGAUUGUUUGUGUACUCUGCAAGUUCAAUAUAUCAGCAUUAGAAUUUGCCUCGAGUUCUUUUAAACAAUUAGUCAUGUUUUAAUUUUAUGUCAGGAAUUAUUGCUUUACUUUGGGUGGUGAAAUAUUAUUACUUAAUAUAAACUAUUAAAUUUUUAGAUGUUAUAAAUUAUUAUUAUUUUUAAAUGUUAUAGCACUGUACAUUGUGUUUGAAUUGAUGCAAAUGUUACACCCAAUAAUUAGAAGACRUCACUAGUAUAAUAAAUAAAUAUGUUGCAAUCA